AUGGCGCGGACGGACGGCCAGCUUGCGCUGCUCCACGUGCAGCGCGCCAAUCGCCCGCGCAUUGCGCCGAUCCUCCGCGUUGUCACUACUGGCGCGGCCCCGCUCCCAGUGGUGGCGCUCGCGGCGCAAGGGCAGCUCGGGAAAGGGCAGGUGGCGCAACCGCAGCCUGCGCAAGCGCAGGCGCAACUAGUGGCGGGGCGCGCGGGGCAGGUAGUGGCGCCACUGCAGGCCGGUGCCCCCGGAAAAAGCGGGCCCCCUUCCGCCACUUCUGCCGCUCCGCCUGCGCCUGUUAUCCCCCCGCCCGCUGCUGCUGCCCCGCUCGCAGGCGCCGCCGCCAAGCCCUCCGCCUCCUCCGCUGCAGAGGAAGCAGUACGUGAACAGAAGGCGGAGGCUGAAAAGCGUGCAGGAGGAGAACCCUCAAACGUGGCAGCAGGCGCGACGAGAGAGGUUGGGGGGGCGGAAGAGGAGGAGAGGGGGGGUGAGGGUGGGAAAGGGAAGGAGGGGGGGAAGGCGGAAGGGGCGGAGGGUGCAGGGGGACAGGCUGUGACUGCUACAGUGGCGGUAGACGCGGAGCACCCCACGGUGGCCACGGUUGUCCUGGAGCCUGCUGGCGCUGUGCGCUUUGAAUCGACUCCCUCCACCCCCGCCCGCCCGCUGCCCCUCAAACCACAAACUAAACCCCCGGCUGCCGCAGCAGCUGCCACAACAGCAGCAAUGAGAGGAGGGAAGAUGAAAGAGGAAGAGCGGGUGGGUGACGGGGCAGCAGAAGGUGGGGGGGAAGGGGAAAGGGGAGGACGAGGGAGGGGAGAGGGAGGAGAGGGAGAGGCGGGAGGCGCAGAGGCAGGUGGGCGCAGGGGGAAGCAUGCAGGUGCGGUAGCCAUGGCAGGAGGAAUCGACAGAAGAGAGGGUGAUGGGGAGAGUGGAGGAGGAGGGAGAGGAGGAGGGAGUGGGAAAGGAAGUGGGAAACAUGGCACUUGUAAGCUGCCGCCCGCAAAGCACUCCAAGUCGUUCAAACUCUCGUCUUCUUCGAAAAAGCCGACUCUCAAAGUGACCUUUGACUCAUCCCAAAAGUCAUCUUCCCUCAAGAAGCCGUUUUCCUCCAAGUCUAAGCACGCCCCGCUGCCGCCCAAACACGCCGCCCCUGCCAAACAUGCCGCCCAGUCCAAGCAGUCUGCCGCCCAGAAGCGGGCGGCGGGGGGGAAGCAGCCGCUGAGCCCCACUAGGCAUUCUGCCAGGCUGGCGCUGAUCUCCCCCGCCCGGAAGAAAGGGCGGUGGGGUGGGGAGGAGUGGGAGGGCGGUGAUGCGGAUGAAGGGGAGGAGGGAGAUGGGGGGAGGAAGGAGGGGAGCAAGAAAGGGGCAGGGAAGGAGGAGGAAGGUGGAAGAAGGGGGGCGGAUGGGGAGAGGGAUGGGGAAGGGAAGGGGGACGAUGGGCGGAAGGGGAAAGGCGUGUGGAAAGGGAGAGUGGAGAGUGGUGCAGAUGGUAAAGCGAUGGGUCGCACAGAAAGAGGAGGCAGCAAGGGAGUGAGAGAGGAAACGAGCAGCAGAGGUGGAGGGAAGGGAGAGAAGGAGAGGUGGGGGGGGAAGGGGUUGCGGGAGAGAGGAGGUCAGGGUGGUAGGGAGGGGGUAGAGGAGAGUGGAGGGGAGAGGCAGGGGGAGAGGAAGGGGGAGAAGGGAGGAGGGGCGCGAAGGGAAGUGGGGGGUGUAGGAGGGGAGGGUGGAGGGCGGUUCUCAAGGAAGAGGAGGCGGGGAGAGGCGGAUGACAGUGCCGGUGCUGCUGCUGCUGCUGCUGGGGGUGGUGGUGAUGCGGGUGCUGCCAGUGCUGAGAGUGGUGCUGCUGCCGAUGAUGCUGGAGGUGCUGCUAUUGCAGGGACAGGGUUGAGCGAACGGGGUAGGCAAGAGGGGAGGGAGGGGAGAGAAGGGAGAGAGGGGAGAGAAAGAGCAGACGGUGCAGAGGAGGAGGCAGAGCAGCAGCGGAGCAAGCGUCCCGUGGUUGAGGGGAGGGGCGCAGAACAGAGGGACGGGCCGAGAGUUGGUGCAACAACCCCCACCAAAGCCAAAGCCAAGGCUACACCUAGUGCUGCCGCCGCCGCUGCUGCUGCUGCUGCUGCUGCUGCUGCUGCUCGGCCCAUGGCUCCCCCAUCCACUCGCUCCGCUACCGUCCUUUCUCCCCCUCGCCCCUCCCAUCGCGCUCCUCUGCGCCCUCCCCCUCGUGCCUCCCCUCGUGCGCCCCCCCCUGCUCCCCCGCGCCCGGCUGCCCCGUCUGCAGCAGCGGACCGCGCAGCAGCAGCCAUGGCUGCUGCCAGGAGCCUGGGGGGCUUGGGAGGGGGGCUGGACUGGCCUCCUGUUGACACUCCCGAGGCAGAGGCUUGCGCUGACGCCCACGCCACUCCAGGGAGCCUUGAAAUUUCUGAAAAUCCCGAGGAUUCAGAGAGUUUUGAGGCUCUUCAGAUGGGUGGGAAGGCUGUAAAGGCAGCAGAGGUGGUGGUGGUGAAGUCUGAAGCAGAGGCGAGGGGGAGGGGUGGGGGCAAGGUGGGUGUGGUGGCGGAGGGUGAGAAGGGUGGUGCGGGGAGGGGGAGUGAAGGGGGGAGGAGAGGGGGGGAGGAAGUGAGGGGGAGAGGGGGAAGGGUGGCAGGGGCGGCAGGGGCGGCAGGUGUGGGAGCAGUGGUGAAGAUUGUAUUAGCGGCUGAGGCGAGGGGUGGUGGGAUGGGGGAGGUAAGUGGUGAUGGUGGGAAGGAAGAUGACUGGAUUAUGUUGGAGCAAGAGGAGGAGGGGGAGGGGGAGGAAAGAGGGAAGGGAGGAGGGAGUGAGAGGGCGGAGCAGGGGGGGAUAGCAUUGGAAGAAGAGGGAGAGGAGGAGAGUGUGGAUGUGGAGGAAGCUGAUGAUGAUACUGAUCAGGAGGGGGAGGGGGAGGAUGAGGAAGAUGAAGAGGAGGAUGAGGAGGAUGAUGAUGAGGGGGGGUUUGACAUGGAUGGGGGGGCGGUGGCAGCGCUGGCAGCGGCGGGGAUAGACAUCAGCAUGCAUGGCACGCGGAGCCUCUCAGAGGCUGACGUGGCAGCUGCUUGCCACCAGUACGGGGCUGCCUUCAUAAUGGCUCUGCUCCACGAGGUGGCACGGGAGGCAUCGUACCGCCGCCACCUCCACUGGCCGUCCAUAGCCGCCCGCCUCUCGGCCAAUCACAGCUUCCCCGUCGCCAGCCUGGCGCUCUGCCAGCUGCUGUGGCGCUGGCUGGCCUACGGCCGCCCCUUCUCGCACCAGGACACGCUGCCCUCUGCACCGCUCCUGGUGUUUUCGCCUCUGCCAGCUGCUCCCCUCAGGUGUUUUCGCCUCUGCCAGCUGCUCUGGCGCUGGCUUGCCUACGGCUCCCCUUCUCUCGCACCUUGGCACCCUCCCCUCCGCACCCCUGUUGGUGAGUUUCCUCCUCUGCACUUGCGUGGUCGUUGCGCUGCCUCGCCUACAACCACCCACCCCUGCCCACCCCUUCUCGCACCUCCGCACGCUGCUCUCCGUGCCGCUGCUGGUGAUUUUUUAUGGGAGUGGCAGGAGGAGGAGGAGAGGCGAUUUAGAGGACGAGCCGGAAUACCCUCUUAA